AAUUUUAAGGCUCUUUUAGAAAACAAAAGCGGUAAACCCAAAACCACUAAAAGUGGUUUUAGAAGUUCCGUUUUUACUUUUCGCCCACACACAAUACGUUCUCUCUCUCCAUUCUCCAUCUCCGUCCCUGGUAUCCUGUUCAAGUUCAAGAUGUCAAUUCCAAUCAAUGAGGUUAAGUGCGAAGAUGAUGUUGUUGAGAUUGAUGCUAUUGGAGGAGUUGGGGUGGAAUGAAAAUAUUGAAUCCUAAGUGAAAAAGGGAAAUAGACCAACAACCACCCUUACUAAACCAGCUUGAAGAUGUGCAAGGAUGUAGAUCCCUUGUUCAUACAUUAUAUUAUGGAGAUGAAAAUGUUGAACUUGAAGAUGAUGGAAUAUCCAAUGGAUCUGAAGAAUUAGUGCGUCCUGGUAUUAGUCAAAGUGAACUUCGUAGACUGUCGGAGUUUUGAGAUCGUUUAGCAAAACGAUUGUGCGAAAGACAAAUCUCUCAAUUAAAGUAGAAUAACGGUAUAUCAUAUUUAAUAUUUUUUUUUGGUAAUAUUUUUUUGGUUGUAUUACUUUUGUAGUUUUGUCACUACAAUUAUGUUACGACGUUAUGGAAUUAAUUAUACCCAUCAACUAUUAGUAUUUUUUUGAUGCAAUCAACUAUUAGAGGAUUAUACAAAUUGACUUAGCAAUAAAAUAUUAGUAUCAUCAAUGUUGAAAUGGGUAAGACGACAUCAAUAAUUAUAAUAAUAAUAAUAAUAAUAAGUCAAUGCUAAGGCGAUGAAUGCUAAGGCUUACCGAUGUGUGUUGUGUUACCGGUUGGGGGUUCCUUUGUUCUCUGUUACGGCGCCAUGUUCUGCUUGUUCCAGGGUCUUUGCGGGAGACAUCUUUGGUGAUCAUGCGGUGUCAUGUGCUGGCAUCGUGGGUAUUAAGCAUCGACAUAAUGUGGUUCGGGAUACCCUUGUUGAUGUUUGUUAUCGCUCUGGGAUUCCGGCACGGAAAGAGGUUGAUAUUGGUCUACCUGGAGGGAACGAUGGAGCUCUCCGACCAGCAGACGUGUUGCUCUACUCUUGGGACCGGGGCUGUGAUGUGUUUGUUGACUUGACGGGAUCAUCUCCUUUGACACAAUCUGGGUUGUCUGGCUUUGCUCCGGGCCGGGUUGUGACUGAUGCGGCUAUUCGGAAACGGGUCAAGUACGAAGCACGUUGCAGGGCCAUUGGUUAUGGGUUUCUUCCGUUCCCUUUCUCUUCUUUGGGGGAGCUGGAUAAGGAUGCUGUUGCGUUGCUGAAGCGGAUUCAGAAGUUUUCCAGGACACAGGACAUUGGGGCUCGUGCUGCUGCUCAUAUUUUCACUAGGAUAGGCUUUGCUAUAGCCAGGGGAGUGGGGGCCCAGAUUGUAUCUCGGCUUCCCACUAACUAUUUGUAAAAUAUUUGACUUUGUUGGCAUUUGAUUUAUAAUAAUAAUAAUAAUAAUAAUAAUAAUAAUAAUAAUAAUAAUAAUAAUAAUAAAAUAAUAAUAAUAAUAAAAAUAAAAUAAUAAUAUCUUCAAGAGUUGAAGCUUGGGCCUAGAUAUUACGUAAGAGUAAUAAGGUUUUAGUUAUUUGAAAACAAAAACUAAAACAGUUUGAAGGGGAAAAAAGCCAAAAAUGAAAUCAGUUGUCUGUUUUUGUAAAACAGAAAACUGAAAACUGGAAAUGGUGUCGAACAAGCCCUAAGCUCAAAUAAGAAGUUUUAAAAGCUUGUUUAAGCUCGAGUUAGCCGGAACAAUAUUACUCUAUAAUCCUUCUUAGUAACUUAGCUCGAAGUCUCGAACAAACUAAAACCCGGCUUGAGUCGUUUCCAACAGCCUAAACGAGCGGUUUUGUUGUUGGUCGUAUUUCUCUAUUUCCUGGUUUUAACAUUUGCAGGAGGAAGUCUUUGUCACAAGACUUGUGUCCAUAUUGGACACAAGUGAGUACCAAUACAGAAUUUGGAGUACCAAUACAGAAUAUGUUAGUACCAAUACAAAUUAUGUGAAUA